AUGGAAGCUGGGUCUAUAGGAGUAGGGUUCAUGGCAGUCUUUGCAGUUUCAGGAAGUGUAGUUUUCGUUGCUCAUGAAGUCCAUAAACGUCUCCUCUCAGAUUUCAUGGAGAAGAUAGAAUUUGAAUUGGGUGGAAGUGGAAAAUGUAAAGUGAAGAAAAGGGUUCAUUUUGCUGAUGAUGUGAUGGAACCAUCAUCCAAUAACAAAGAAUACAGGAAGGGGAAUCAUAGCUUCAACCUGGCAAAGCAGGCUAAGGAAAUUGGUGAAGAUGAUCAUCAUCAUCAGGUCCUGGAAAUAUCAGAUUCUUCCAUGCCUCUCAACAGGCAGAAUUUUCUCUUAAUUCCAAAAGGUUGA